GCCGCGAUGGCGGCGCGCGUGGCGUAACGACGACGGAUUCCCCCAACGACGAUUGGACGCAAACGCGCGCGAUUUGUGACGAGAACUAGUGAACCUCCAAUUUUGCUCCAACAUUACCCAACCGACCGCCACCAACGAAACCGGACGUGUUUUUGGCUCGGCGAAGGCGAAAUCGACGAAAUCACGACCGCACACGUGGGGGUUCGGUUCGUGCGUGCGUGCGUGCGUGCGUACGGUAGUGUAUAGUGUGUUUGAAUGGGUGUUGUAGAGAGUAGCUUGUUUGGUUUCGAUGAUUGGCCAGCAGCAGCAGCAGUAGCCAGGCUGACUGGUUGGGGCUGGUAUGUAACGUAGGAAGACGCGCAAAACCGGCUACGGGGUUGUGACGUUUCGAUGAGCCACGACGCUGCUGCUGAUGCUGGCGCGGUGAACGUGCGGAGGAGAAGGAGUGCGUUGGAUCCACGCGGCGGCCCCAAUCCGAUGCUGCUGCUGUCUACUCUCUCGAUGGACCCUGAAGGAUCAACCAGAUGUGCAUUGUGAUCAUUGGGAACCAUUGGAAUCAUGACGGCAUAACGUCAUCAGCUAGCUGUUUGUGAAAAGCCUUUUUAUUUUCUUGUGUUUUAAAGAAUGCAAUAAUCUUUACCGGAAGUGUUGCAUGUCUCAUACUAGAAGAGUGUCCGAGUACCAUCAACUGAAGGCUAAGAAGAAGUGAAUCGAAAGUGAAAAAAGCAUUGAGUGAAUCGAGGGAAAAAGAAAAACCAAGAUAUCCCGUGGGGUGAGAGGGUUUGCGAGUAUCGGUUUGCGUGAAGGAAUGUUAUCAACGCCAUCGCACGUAUCCAUCUCUACCUGCCGAUCUCGACGACGACGACAACGACGACGAUCCUUGGUGCAACAUUGUUUUCCAACAGCCCUGACCAUAGUUGCCCCGUGUUGCCGAGUGGCGUUAGCGAACCGCGAGGCUUGGAAUAAGGGCUUGGCUUUUGUGGAGUCUCGUCGGUGAAUUGUUACCGGCCACGAAGUCCGCCGUUCACAACGCGACAACGGGACGCACCUUUUCGACGGAACGGGACGUCAAUACAACGCAAGCUAAAAGGCCGCAUGACUGUGUGCUAAUAGUUAAUCUUUGAUCAACGAUCGAUGCCGCCAUCGAUGGCCACUAUUGACUCAGAAACGAUACGAUCGCGCCAUUGGAAUGAUCAAACCAGUAGCCACUGUCACUGUACAUCGCCGGAUGCAACUGUUUCCACCUUUGGCCAGGAGCCAACUGCUAUGGCCAGCUAUAGCGCACAGCUCCCACACGAAAUGUCCCCCACGGUGCAGUCCGAAGUGAGCAUCGAGCCGACGGCAACGUCUUCUGCAGACACCAUCGACGACGGCACCGAUCGUACCGCCCUGGGUGACGGUGACAGGUUCCUAGAUUCCUCCGUGGAGCGCCAGACCGGGACGAAGGACGUCCCGGAGGAGAUUACAGCCGUGCCGAUAGUAAUCACGGGCGAGGACGGCCAUGCGACAAAUGACAGCAAUAGCAGAGGCAACAACAGCAGCAACAGCAGCAAUAACAACAGUACUAGCAUGAAAUGUCUAAACAACAUCACUCGCUCAUCUUCAUCCGCCCGCAAAUCGCAAACCACUUCGCACAACACCACCUCCGGUUACCACGCGCCAGCAAGGCAAAGGCCGAACCAGUCACAAACCAGCAGCCCGGAGUCGCAGAGUCGCAGUCAGUUCGUCAAUCAUAGCCACAGCUGCCGGAACGUGAUGGGUACGAGUGGUUCCCUGGUCGCCGGUGACGGUGAACCCGCCCCGGACGAACCCGUGACGAGGAGUAUGGCCCGCGGGAUGGCGGAUGUGGUCCGGGUGUCGACUAGCGUACCGCAGCCGGUAAUCAUUCGAACCGAGCCGGGCGGUGGUCAGACGGUGGGACGCGGCCAAGAUAACGACGACAUGCUGGAGGCCUCCAAUCGCUCCGAGUCGCAGCUCGAGAUCAGUGCGUCCGGUAGUGGGAGUGGGAGCGGGGCGCCCGGGUUACGUGGCUGCGUUCUGCCCAAGCUGCAAACGCUCGAUCAGACAACGCGACCGAUCUACCCUAAUGUACCGUACAGCCCCUACAACAGCCCGUACGGAAGUCCACGGAGUGGCCGACGGAGGACGCCGCUCCGUGAGUCACGCCGUGUGUCGAUCGAACAGUCGGGCAGCUUUCUGCAGCUCAACCAGUACAAGCUGCUGGAUCAGAUUGGUCAGGGAUCGUACGGACUGGUAAAGCUGGCGUACUCGGAAGAAGACUCGACGCACUACGCCAUGAAAAUCCUCUCGAAACGGAAGCUCCUGCGAAAGGCGGGUCUGAUGCGCCGUGGACCGAAGCGUGGAACGUCGCCGUUGGAUCGCGUUUACCGUGAGAUUGCGGUACUCAAGAAGUUGGACCAUCCAAACGUGGUGAAGCUGGUGGAAGUGUUGGACGAUCCGCUGGAGGAUUCGCUGUACCUCGUGUUCGAGCUGGUCCAGC